AUGCCCAUGUUUACUUGCAUAACAUGUCGUGUAUCUUUCGCUGAUAGCGAUAUUCAACGUCGUCACUAUAAAACUGACUGGCAUCGUUAUAACCUCAAGAGAAAAGUUGCAGAAAUGCCGCCAGUUACUGCUGAAGUAUUUCAGCAAAAGGUCCUUGCGCAGAAAGCGGAGGUCGAAGCGCAACAACAGAGCAAAACAAAGUCUCUGCACUGUCAAUUGUGCAACAAGACCUUCUCUUCUGAGAAUGCUCACAGUAACCACCUGAGCUCGAAAAAACACAAAGAUCUGGAGGCCAACAAAGCUAAGAAACAGGGAAGUUUGAUCACAGAGAGCCAGCUUAGUAACAACUUCAAAAGAAAGGACAGUAAAGAAACUGACCAACAGAACACUGAAUCUGAAAAUGCCGAGUCAUUAUCCCACAAUGGUGAUGAUGAUGACGACGACGACGAUGACAUUGAAGAAGAUACCCUGGAAGUUACAGACUGUCUUUUCUGUCCACAUCACAGUGUUAGCUUAGAAGAGAAUCUGAAGCAUAUGACGAGAUCACAUAGCUUCUUCAUUCCAGAUCUAGAAUAUGUUGUGGACUUAAAAGGCCUUGUAACAUAUCUAUGUGAAAAGGUUGGAAUGGGAAAUAUGUGCCUUUACUGCAACGACAAAGGGAAGAGUUUUUUCUCAUUGGAAGCUGUUCAAAGCCACAUGGUUGACAAAGGUCACACUAAAAUGAACUAUGAAGGAGAUGCAGUUUUGGAAUAUGCUGAUUUCUAUGAUUUUAGCAGUAGCUAUCCUGAUUAUAAUCCUGAUGAAGAGAAUGAGGGCGAUGAAAUUCAAGGAAGAGAUGGCACCUUAGCAGUCAAUGAGCAAACACUGGAGCUGUGUCUGCCAUCAGGGGCCAAAAUUGGCCAUCGCAAUAUGCGUCACAUCUACAAGCAGAAUUUGCCUCCAGAGAGAAGUCAUCAUUCCAAGGUGAUUCAAAGUAUCAUGGCUGAUUAUAAAGCCCUAGGUUGGCAUGGCACCAUUGCAAGUGCUGCACGACAGAAAGUUAAAGAUGUCAGGUUACGGAAUGUUCAGCAAGCGAAAAGAAAUGUGGACAUCUCAGUUAAGGCUAACAGAAUGCAGAAACAUUUUAGACCUCAAGUUGUUUUCUAA